AUGGCAGACAAUUUACCGUCACAAGCACCAACACCAGCAACCCCGUCAAUGCAAACUUCUCCCCCCAAACCCCUCCAAUCCCCGCCAAACCCUAUGCUGGACCCCACUCCCUCCUCCUUAACCCCCUCCACCCCCGCCACGUCAGCGCCCUUGCUCCACCGCCCUCCUUCUCAGCCCGUCGCCACCCCGUCGACACCUCAACAACAACAGAACCAAUCUUCCUCUCCUUCUCUUGACCCGCAAAUUCUCCAACAACAACAACAAAUGGUUCAGAACGUUAACGUUGCAGCCAUGUCGAAUUACCAAAUCCCACAAACCUUGAAUCGAUCCUCCUCAAUCUCACGGCUGAAUCAAAUUCAACAGCAGCAGCAGCAACAACAACAUUCUGCAUACACCGUCUUGAGGCAACAAGCUUUGUACGGUCAAGUGAAUUUCAAUCAACAGAAUCAGCAGCAAACCCAGCAAAACNAACUUGGUUAA